GAUCUCUGCAGAAUGCCAGGAGAGGCAAGUGAGAAAGUGGUUGGUUCUGUCUGGUGACAGGGCAGACUUCCUGGAGGAGGUGACAUUUCACCUGGCGUCGCCCAGGCAGACAAGGUGGAGCCUAGUGCGGCCAGGGGAGGUGCAGGGCCUCAGACAAGAAAGUGAGGGUUUGGGAAUCUGCAGGGACACUGGUGUAUCAGGUGGGGGUCGGGGCAGGUUCUGAAGGGCCCUGGGUAUCUACUCCAGGCAAGUGUGACCAGCCCUGAGUUCCAGAAGGAUCCUACCUUCUUGAUGAGCUCACCCAAGCUUGGACUCGGCAGCCCUAUUCUCCCAGCCUUCCUCCACCGCCUGCCUCCCUCCCUCCUUGGUGCCAGUUUCCCAGGACAGUGCCUGCCUGGUGCCCUCUCACUGCACCCUGGUCCCAAAGGAGACUAAAUUGGAGAACUUUCCGUGCAGGGGCCCCAGAGACUGCACGCGCCUAAGGAGCUGCCCUGCUCGGCCUGGAACCAGCUGCCUUUGCGUCUAUGCACCUGCCCACACAGCUGAAACUUGACCCCAGAGCAUCUGCAGAGAGUGAGGGAAGGACUAGAACAUACUAGAUCAUGCUCUAAAGACCCCUGCGACAAGACCCAGGAAGCUGUGAGCUCAGCCCAGAUCCGAAGCCGCGCUGCCCCCCUGCCCGCCAUGGCCUCCGCUGACAAGAAUGGCGAGAGCGUCUCCUCCGUGUCCAGCAGCCGCCUGCAGAGCCGGAAGCCGCCCAAUCUGUCCAUCACCAUCCCUCCACCCGAGACCGCGGCCCCUGGCGAGCAGGCCAGCAUGCUGCCCCAGAGGCCCAGGAACCCAGCCUACGUGAAGAGUGUCAGCCUCCAGGAGCCACGGGGACGAUGGCAGGAGGGCAGCUCAGAGAAGCGCCCAGGCUUCCGCCGCCAGGCCUCCCUGUCCCAGAGCAUUCGAAAGGGCACGGCCCAGUGGUUCGGGGUCAGCGGCGACUGGGAGGUGAAGCGGCAGCAUUGGCAACGCAGGAGCCUGCACCACUGCAGCGUCCGCUACGGCCGCCUCAAGGCCUCGUGCCAGCGGGACCUGGAGCUCCCCAGCCAGGAGGUGCCAUCCUUCCAGGGCACCGAGUCUCCAAAACCCUGCAAGAUGCCCAAGAUCGUGGAUCCACUGGCCCGAGGACGGGCGUUCCGCCACCCGGACGAGGUGGACAGGCCCCACGCCCCACACCCGCCCCUGACCCCUGGGGUCCUGUCCCUCACAUCCUUCACCAGCGUCCGCUCUGGCUACUCCCACCUGCCCCGCCGCAAGAGGAUGUCUGUGGCCCACAUGAGCUUUCAGGCUGCCGCCGCCCUCCUCAAGGGGCGCUCCGUGCUGGAUGCCACGGGACAGCGGUGCCGGGUGAUCAAACGCAGCUUUGCCUACCCCAGCUUCCUGGAGGAGGACGUGGUCGAUGGGGCAGACACAUUUGACUCCUCAUUUUUUAGUAAGGAAGAAAUGAGCUCCAUGCCCGACGAUGUGUUUGAGUCUCCCCCGCUCUCUGCCAGCUACUUCCGGGGGAUCCCACGCUCGGCCUCCCCGGUCUCCCCCGAUGGCGUGCAGGUCCCUCUGAAGGACUCGGGCCGAGCCCCGGCGCCCGGGGCCAGGCGCAGCAGGCGCAUCGCCUCCAAGGUGAAGCACUUUGCCUUUGACCGCAAGAGGCGGCACUACGGCCUGGGCGUGGUGGGCAACUGGCUGAACCGCAGCUACCGCCGCAGCAUCAGCAGCACCGUGCAGCGCCAGCUGGAGAGCUUCGACAGCCACCGGCCCUACUUCACCUACUGGCUGACCUUCGUCCACAUCAUCAUCACGCUGCUGGUGAUCUGCACGUAUGGCAUUGCACCCGUGGGCUUUGCCCAGCACGUCACCACCCAGCUGGUGCUCAGGAACAAAGGUGUGUAUGAGAGCGUGAAGUACAUCCAGCAGGAGAACUUCUGGAUCGGCCCCAGCUCGAUCGAUUUGAUCCACCUGGGAGCCAAGUUCUCACCCUGCAUCCGGAAGGACCAGCAGAUCGACCAGCUGGUGCUUCGGGAGCGAGACCUUGAGCGGGACUCGGGCUGCUGUGUCCAGAACGACCACUCGGGCUGCAUCCAGACCCAGCGGAAAGACUGCUCGGAGACUUUGGCCACUUUUGUCAAGUGGCAGGAUGACACAGGCCCCCCCAUGGACAAGUCUGAUCUGGGCCAGAGGCGGACAUCGGGGGCAGUAUGCCAUCAGGACCCCAGAACCUGUGAGGAGCCAGCCUCUAGCGGCGCCCACAUCUGGCCCGACGACAUCACCAAGUGGCCAAUCUGCACGGAGCAGGCCAAGAGUAACCGCACGGGCUUCCUGCACAUGGACUGCCAGAUCAAGGGCCGCCCGUGCUGCAUCGGCACCAAGGGCAGCUGUGAGAUCACCACCCGGGAAUACUGUGAAUUCAUGCACGGCUAUUUCCACGAAGAGGCAACACUCUGUUCCCAGGUGCACUGCUUGGACAAGGUGUGUGGGCUGCUGCCCUUCCUCAACCCCGAGGUCCCAGAUCAGUUCUACAGGCUCUGGCUGUCUCUGUUCCUCCACGCUGGCGUGGUGCACUGCUUCGUGUCUGUGGUCUUCCAAAUGACCAUCCUGCGGGACCUGGAGAAGCUGGCCGGCUGGCACCGCAUCGCCAUCAUCUUUAUCCUCAGCGGCAUCACCGGCAACCUCGCCAGUGCCCUCUUCCUCCCCUACCGGGCGGAGGUGGGCCCGGCCGGGUCGCAGUUCGGCCUCCUCGCCUGCCUCUUCGUGGAGCUCUUUCAGAGCUGGCAGCUGCUGGAGCGGCCCUGGAAGGCCUUCCUCAACCUGUCGGCCAUCGUACUCUUCCUGUUCGUCUGCGGCCUCCUGCCCUGGAUCGACAACAUCGCCCACAUCUUCGGCUUCCUCAGCGGCCUGCUGCUGGCCUUCGCCUUCCUGCCCUACAUCACCUUCGGCACCAGCGACAAGUACCGCAAGAGGGCCCUCAUCCUGGUCUCGCUGCUGGUCUUCGCCGGCCUCUUCGCCUCUCUGGUCAUCUGGCUCUACGUCCACCCCGUGCACUGGCCCUGGAUCGAGUACCUCACCUGCUUCCCCUUCACCAGCCGCUUCUGCGAGAAGUACGAGCUGGACCAGGUGCUGCACUGACCCCCUGCCCCACCGGGCGGGGCAUCGCUGCUGCUCACGGGGCGCUGAGGGCCCGGGGCCCGGGGCCCAGGCCAGGCUGCAGAGCGCCCCCUCCCCCGCGCUCCGGAGACCCACUGCCAGGGGCCCGGGCCCUCCCUCCACCAGGCGAGACGGUCACAAAGGCGGGUUCCCCCGGGGCAGCGAGGCGCCCCCUUCCUCAGGCUGGGGACACUCCGCGCACGGGCUUCUCUGCAGCUCAGGGGCUCAGGGCCAUGCCCGCCCGUCGCUCCCCUGCUGGCGGGACCACUGCCUAGGGGUGGGCUUCUUUCUUUCCCAAGGUCCUCAGGCUUCGCCCGUCACCCCCCUCAGCCUCUGCUGGUGCCCCCCGGCCACACACACACACACACACACACACACACCCCACAUUGCUGUGAGCGUGCCCUUACUGGGACGUGGCCAGGGUUCCCACUCCUGCCUCAACAUGCCAGCCCUC